AUGGCGUCAGAAAGUCCUGCUGUUGAUGCUGACGCUAUACCUGAGGUAUCAGAUAUUCGCCGACAUGAGCUGAUUGAAAAGCUCGGCUCAAUAGUGCCGGAAGUUGAAAGCACAACUUGGGCACUGUUGUGGUUAUCCGAUAUAGAACAACUUGAGGACUUUUGUAGUAUAAAAAGAGGACCACUUUUACUGGCACUAGCAAGUGCCAAUAUUACCAACCGUCGGAUCUUAAUGCAGUGGGCCAGUCGUGCGCGUACUAUAAACCCAGUGAAAACCCGAAAGAGAAAACGCUCGGAGUCCUUAAAAGAAAUGUGCGUCAUACGGGAUAAUUGUUGUGUUCUCACCGGUAAAGAAGAGCCCAUUGGAGUCGCACACAUGUAUCCGUACAGCAUGAUGGACAAGCCAAAAACCGAACAGACACUGUUUUGGGAGUAUCUCGAAUCCUUUUGGCAUCUAGAGAAAAUCCAGAAAUGGAAAAAUGCUGUUAUAGGUGAAAAUGGAACGGAGGUACUACAGAAUGUUCUGUGUCUUUCUCGGGACUCACAUGGUUUAUGGGGCAGGGCUCGAUUUACUUUACAACCACUCGAAGUAUCUGAUGACCGUAAAAUCUUAACAGUACGGUUUUUCUGGAUCCCGAUAUCAAAAUAUAUGAAGACGAUGGAUCUUAAGACGAUGCCAUCUAUCCCAUUGAAUCUCGGCUAUACCGGGAAAAGGAUUAAGCUUUUCAACUGUGAAUCAGGAAAGCAAAUUUAUUCAGGGGAUAUUAUAACAAUUACAACAACUGAUCCUGAUGAAUAUCCUCUGCCGUCUUUUGAACUGUUAGAAAUGCAAUGGCUCUUGACUCGAGCAUUGGCGUUGAGCGGCACCGCCGAUUUUGAUCCGGAAGAUUGGGACGAUAGUGACUCCGAAGAGGAGAAGGAGCUGGUGGAAAGAACAAAAAAAGAGAAAAAAGUACGAUGCAUCUGGGGAUGUGCAUAG